AUGUCAAUUGGGGAUGGCAAAAACACCGAUAUAUGGAGCGACCCCUGGAUAGCAGAACUUCAGAAGCUCUCUCCAACUCUGGAAUUUAAUUCAGAUUACCUAAAGCUUAAAAAAGUCUGUGACUUGCUGAACUCAAAUGGUAUUGCUUGGGAUAAAGACCUUAUCGAGCAAUCUUUCAAGCCCGAAGAAGCCCAAAUGAUUCUGAACAUUCCUCUCAAACCAGGUCAGCAAGAUACCAUGAUUUGGACUCCUCAGAAGCAAGGCAAAUUCUCGGUCAAGUCGGCCUACGGUACUGUUGAUGGUUCUAAUAUUGUUGCUAUUUCUAUUGAUGCUUUCUUGGCUUUUGUGGAUAGCUGA